UAAUAAUAAUAAUAAUAGCGAAUUUUGACUCAUGGGCCCCACAAAAUCAAAAUACUACUUCCCUCCCUCUAUAAAUAGGCCAACCCAACCCCUCCAUCGUCACAAACUACACAUAAACACAGCUUCUUUCACCACCAUCAUUCGCUUCUCGUAAAACAAAAAUCCAUAAAAAAAAAAAAAGAAAAGCACAAAAUGUGCCCAACGGGAAGCGAACUUUCGAGAACCGUGGAGAAAUCGAAUCUGCGGUCGGCGUUCGACGUCCUCGACGCCGACGGCGACGGCCGGAUCAGCCACGCCGAUCUCCGCACCUUCUACGGCGGGAUCUCGGGCUCCGACGAAGACGUGAUCGGCUCGAUGAUCUCCGCGGCGGAUUUGAACCGGAACGGCUUCGUGGAGUACGAGGAAUUCGAGAGGGUUUUGGGCGGCGGCGAGGGGCGGAAGAGGAGAGAGAAGAAUGGGAGGAUGGAGGGCGCGAUGGAAGAGGCGUUUCGGGUGAUGGACAAGGAUGGGGAUGGGAAGGUCGGGAUCGAGGAUUUGAGGCUCUACCUGGAAUGGGCCGGGCUGGAGGCCCGCGACGAGGAUGUGCGGGCCAUGAUUUGCUUGGGCGGCGGUGAUGAAAGCGCAGGCGUUACAUUUGAGGGUUUGCUCAAAAUUCUCUCGGUUUGAAUUUUUCUUUGUUGAUGAUGAUGAUGAAAAAUUAAAAAUGUUUACUUUCCCCCCUCUUUUUUGGUGUUUUUAGAUUUCUUGGGAUAUGUGGAAGAAAAUUUGGUAGUAGUGUGAUUUUGCAGAGAACGAACAGUCUGGCACUUUUUUGUCUUUUUUUAAUGGCUCUCUGUAUUUCUUGUUGAUUUUGGUGAACCAUAACUUUUGUAGGGUUUAAUGUACGAUCAUUUUCCUGUCUAAAGAAAUACUAGUAAAUAAA